AUUUUCUCGCCCUGACACUCUCCCUCAAACGCUAUAUCUCCUCCACCUUCUUGUUAGGAUUUUAUUUUGAGCACAAUGGCUGAUCAGAAGCAAACUUGUUAUGAUGCUUUUCAAAGACCAAUUGCUAGUCAGAAACAAUUUGCAUAUGGCAAUCAUUCAAAUGCAGCCUUUCAGUUUCCAGUAUCUCAAUCAUUGGUUGCUACAAACGUUUCUCCGGUUUUUGUUCAAGCUCCAUCAGAGAAAGGGCUGACUGGAUUUGCCACUGAUUUUCUUAUGGGGGGAGUUUCAGCAGCUGUUUCUAAAACAGCAGCUGCUCCAAUUGAGCGUGUCAAACUCUUGAUCCAAAACCAAGAUGAGAUGCUCAAAGCUGGUCGUCUUUCUGAGCCAUACAAGGGUAUUGUAAAUUGUUUCUCUAGAACAAUCAAAGAUGAAGGCGUUAUGUCUUUGUGGAGAGGAAACACUGCCAAUGUCAUUCGUUAUUUCCCAACCCAGGCUCUUAACUUUGCAUUCAAGGACUACUUCAAGAGUUUGUUCAACUUUAAGAAAGAUCGUGAUGGCUACUGGAAGUGGUUUGCUGGAAAUCUUGCCUCUGGUGGUGCUGCUGGUGCUUCCUCCCUACUCUUUGUAUACUCUUUGGAUUAUGCUAGAACUCGCUUAGCAAACGAUGCCAAGGCUGCAAAGAAGGGAGGAGAGAGACAAUUUAAUGGCUUAGUUGAUGUCUACAAGAAGACAUUGGCUACAGAUGGUAUUGCUGGGCUCUACCGUGGAUUUAAUAUUUCAUGUGUCGGUAUCAUUGUGUACCGUGGUCUUUACUUUGGCUUGUACGAUUCUUUGAAGCCGGUUGUUCUCACUGGUUCAUUGCAGGAUAACUUUCUUGCUAGCUUUGGGCUUGGUUGGCUGAUUACAAACGGUGCUGGUCUUGCCUCAUACCCCAUUGACACCGUGCGUAGAAGGAUGAUGAUGACGUCUGGUGAAGCUGUCAAGUACAAGAGCUCUUUUGAUGCAUUCAGUCAAAUUGUGAAGAAAGAGGGUGCCCGGUCGUUGUUCAAGGGUGCAGGGGCGAAUAUCUUGCGUGCUGUAGCCGGUGCUGGUGUUCUUGCUGGUUAUGACAAGCUUCAGGUCCUUGUCUUUGGCAAGAAGUAUGGUUCUGGUGGAGCUUAAUUAAAUUUUAAGCCACCUUUUUAGCCGAUAAGACGGUGAUGAAAUAUUUUUGAAUAAUUGAACUUUAGGAGGGGAUUAUUGGAAUGUGGCUCUGAAAUGUUAUUUUGUAGCUAUUAAAUUUUCAAAAGGUCUGGUGAAAACCUCUUUGCA